AAUUUUAUAGAUGGAAAAUGAUAUGCAAUAAGGGAAUUCAAAAGCAUUUGAAUGGGCAGGUAAUGCUGUCGAAAUUGGCGGUAUUGUAGGGAAUUUCGAGCUAAAUGUAGGAUCGAGAAAAAGAAAAAGAAUGGCCCUAAAAUUAUGGGGUUAUGUUAGAAAGUUUGUUGUGUUACGAUUUGAGAUGUGAAAAAAUCUCAAUGUUUUUGUAUGGAACACUAAUUUUAGUAUGUGAAUUGUCUGGUUGUGUUUUGCUUAUGAGGAGAUCUGUAAAAUGUGGUGGGAUGUAUGAGCAAUGUGGUGCUUUUCAUUACUCAGGAAAAAGGUUGUCCGGAGUUGUGAAAGAAGAGAGAGAAUAUAAAGUUCUCUCUCGAAAACACUAGUUGUUCAUUCUCUUUCUCAAUUCCAGAUAUGCCUUCUCCCAAAUGUCAUGAUUCGCUAGAAUUUCGUGUUUAACGAAAAUGGAAUUCGCUUUGGGAGGCUAAGCUGGUGGUGUUAGUCUCUGUAAAAUUCUUUGGAUCCAUCUUCUCUACAAGGAGAUGAGUUGCUUUCCUUGCAUAAGCUUCAGACGCGAAGAUAUACUGGACUAUGACGAAGAGUUGAAGCUAAGAUCCAUGGAAAGAUUAGAGGAGGAUGGGAGAGGGAGAGAUCAACGCGUUUCCAAGAAGGGAAACAUGGCGCGCAGCUUCACACUCAAGGAACUCACAGCAGCUACCCAGAAUUUCAAGGACGCCAACAUGAUUGGGGAAGGCGGCUUUGGCAAUGUGUACAAGGGCCGGCUGGAGUGUGGCACGGUUGUAGCUGUGAAGCAACUGAAUCUUGAGGGGCUUCAAGGGCACCAAGAAUUUGUGGUGGAGGUGCUGAUGCUGAGUUUGCUGCACCAUCCCAACCUUGUAAAUCUCAUUGGUUACUGCACCCACGCUCAACAAAGGCUCUUGGUUUAUGAGUUCAUGCCCAGAGGCAGCCUCGAGAAUCAUCUCUUUGAUCUAGAGCCAGAUCAGGGGCCACUGAGCUGGGAGAAGAGAUUGAAGAUCGCAGUUGGUGCAGCUCGUGGCCUCGAAUACCUCCACUGCCAAGCAAAUCCACCCGUCAUAUACCGUGAUCUGAAGUCAUCAAACAUGUUAUUGGACAAUGCCUUCAACGUCAAGCUGUCUGAUUUUGGCCUUGCCAAACUUGGACCAGUGGGAGACAACACCCACGUCUCCACGCGAGUCAUGGGAACAUACGGCUACUGCGCUCCCGAAUAUGCCAUGAGCGGUAAGCUAACCUUAAAAUCCGACAUCUACAGCUUUGGAGUUGUUCUGCUCGAGCUUAUCACUGGCCGCAAGGCCAUGGACUUCAGCAAGAAACCGGGAGAGCAAAAUCUUGUCGUAUGGUCACGGCCUUAUCUCAAGGACCCGAAAAGGUUUAUAGAGAUGGUGGAUCCUCUGUUGGAAGGACGUUACUCGGCUAAGAGCAUGCAACACGCAAUUGUUGUGACCGCAAUGUGUCUUCAAGAACAGGCGAACAACCGGCCCAGCAUCGUGGACAUAGUGAGCGCACUCGAGUACUUGCAAGGCUCUGAAAAGAAGAAAGCGACAUCGAGGCAGCUCUAAGUAACAUCACCAUUCCAUGUCUUAGCUAGAUAUCUAUGUGUCUACUUGUGUUGAUGAACCAGCCCCAAAGCGAAUUAGCAUCAUUGAUACUAAGAUUAGCUUUUUCUUGGAUUCAAGCUGUCUUAGAAGUUUUUUACCUUUUGUAGCUUCUAUUUUAAAUUAUGUUAUCAUUGUUUCUUCAA